AUGUCACAUAAUAAACUCAGUGGACAGUUGCCUCCGUCUAUUUGCAAUUUAACAUUGCUAAAGGUUCCAGAUUUGGGUAGAAACAAUCUAAUGGGAGCAAUUCCGCAAUGUUUUGGCAACAUGAGUAGUCAUCUUGAGGUUCUUGAUAUGCAGCACAACAAUCUUUCCAGUACUCUUCCAACAACUUUUAGCAUUGGAAGUGCACUCGGAAGCUUCAAUUUGCAUGGAAAUGAGCUAGAGGGAAAAAUUCCACGAUCCUUAGAAAAUUGCAAACUACUGGAAGUUGUUGAUUUUGGAGACAAUCUCCUCAAUGAUACAUUUCCAAUGUGGUUGAAUAAGUUGCAUGGACCCAUUAGAACUUUAGGAAGUGAAAACAUGUAUCCUGAGCUUCGAUUGUUAGAUCUCUCUUUCAAUGCCUUCACGGGAAACUUACCGACGAGUUUGUUUCAACAUUUAAGAGCCAUGAGGAAAAUUGAUCCAUCAAAGAAGGCACCGAGUGAUGAAAGAUAUGGAUAUUAUGAGAACUCCAUAGCUGUCGUAACGAAGGGAUUGGAGCAUGAAGUUGUGAGAAUCUUGUUUUUGUACACCACUAUUGAUUUUUCAAACAAUAAAUUUGAAGGACAUAUUCCAAGUAUAAUAGGUGAUCUCAUUGCACUCCGUAUUCUAAAUUUAUCUCAUAAUGGAUUGCAAGGUCAUAUUCCGCGAUCACUUGGAUGUUUAUCUUCAGUUGAAUCAUUGGACCUGUCGGGUAACCAUCUUGUAGGAGAGAUACCAGCACAGUUUGCUUCUCUUACAUCUCUUGAAGUUUUAAAUCUCUCCAACAAUCAUCUCGAAGG